AUAAGAGCCUUCCCCAGGAGACUAGGCAGCGUGCCGCACUUCAGAUUUGAAACACCCCGGUUUGGGUCUCCUGGGCGAGCGGUGGAUACUAUCUCCUUUGGGAUUAAAACAAACUAAAAGAAUCUGUGAAAGGAGUUUCUACAAUGGUUUGCUCAGCUCUCAGGAGAGUUGCCCACCUGCAUGUUUACCUGGUGAGGAAGGCCAGUAGUGUCUCCAAAGGCCAUCAUCGGCAGGCCUUGGGCUCGAGACCUGCUGCUUCAGAGUUUGCUGCCCGAGGAGCUCCAGGUGGUGUGGUGGAGUUGCUGGGCAAAUCCUACCCUCAGGACGACUACAGCAACCUCUCCCAGAAAGUCCUCUCCAGGGUUGGCAGGAAUCUGCACAACCAGCAGCAUCACCCUCUCUGGCUGAUCAAGGAGAGGGUGAAGGAGCACUUCUACAAGCAGUAUGUGGGCCGCUUUAGGACUCCACUGUUCUCAGUCUAUGAGGACCUUUCUCCAGUGGUCACCACCUGGCAGAACUUUGACAGCCUGCUCAUCCCAGCUGACCACCCCAGCCGAAAGAAGGGAGACAACUAUUACCUGAAUGGGACUCACAUGCUGCGAGCGCACACGUCCGCACACCAAUGGGACCUGCUGCACGCUGGGCUGGAUGCCUUCCUGGUAGUGGGGGAUGUCUAUCGGCGCGACCAGAUCGACUCCCAGCACUACCCAGUGUUCCACCAGUUGGAGGGCGUCCGACUCUUCUCUAAACACGAGUUAUUUGCUGGCAUGAAGGAUGGAGAAAGCCUACAGCUCUUUGAACAGAGUUCUCGCUCUGCCUAUAAACAAGAGACACAUACCAUGGAGGCCAUGAAGCUCAUUGAGUUUGACCUUAAGCAAACACUUACCAAACUUGUGACACAUAUUUUUGGAGAUGGACUGGACAUUAGAUGGGUAGACUGCUACUUUCCUUUUACUCAUCCUUCCUUUGAGAUGGAGAUCAACUUCCAUGGAGAAUGGCUAGAAGUGCUUGGCUGCGGGGUGAUGGAACAGCAACUGGUAAAUUCAGCUGGUGCUCAAGAUCGGAUCGGUUGGGCCUUUGGCCUAGGAUUGGAAAGACUGGCCAUGAUCCUCUAUGACAUCCCUGACAUCCGCCUCUUCUGGAGUGAGGAUGAGCGUUUCCUGAAGCAGUUCCGCGUGUCAGAUAUCAACCAGAACGUGAAAUUUCAGCCUCUUAGCAAAUACCCUGCUGUGAUAAAUGACAUCUCAUUCUGGUUGCCCUCUGAGAGUUACACAGAAAACGAUUUCUAUGAUUUAGUACGAACAAUUGGAGGAGACCUGGUGGAAAAAGUUGAUCUGAUAGACAAGUUUGAACAUCCAAAGACGCAGAAGACCAGCCACUGCUACCGCAUCACCUACCGCCACAUGGAGCGAACCCUGUCCCAGAGAGAGGUCGGGCGCGUGCAUCAGGCCAUGCAGGAGGCCGUGGUGCAGCUGCUGGGUGUGGAGGGCAGGUUUUGAUGCCACUGCCUGGACCAGGCUGCAGCCUCUCGGGGCUCCAAGGAUUUGCGAGAGAGAAAAGGAUAUUUUGUGGAGACUGGGGCAUCCGUCAUGUUGUGAUAAAUGGGUCAGUGUUAGGACUUUCAGAAAAUAAAGGAUCGCUCUUGAGAAA